AUGAGCCUAAAUACUCUACCUUAUGAAAUAGUUGCACGUUGCUUUUCAUACUCGAGCGCAGAAUUACUCACCGAUAUAAUACUAUUGGAGAACAUUUCUGAUAAUAUACUACAAGCUGCAGCUGAAAACCUUGAUAAUUUAUGGUAUUCAAAGCGUGUUCGAGGGGUCGAAAAGGAAAGGGUUGAAAGUACUGAAGCCUACUAUGAAACUGAUUUCGACCGGUUUCUACGAAUACACAAGAUUCUCGAAGAAAAGUCACUCAAAUGUCCUCUUUGGUUCCAUUUUACAUGGAAAAAUAUUUUUGAAAUGCACCAAAAUCUCGAUGAAAUCAACUUGGUUUGCAACGGCCAAAAGCUAGGUAUCCAUGCCGACCUCGAAGAUGGGGCGUUCCAAUACUAUCCUAUUUUGUCAGACCAUGAUAUCAAUCUCAAAAUUACUUGCCUUUCAUUGAAAACUUCUUAUAUUCAUUUUGAGCGUUGUAUCGAUUUAAACAAUUUCCCGAGAUUGGAAACUUUUUAUGGCUAUAAUUGCGAAAUAAGCGUUGACCACAACCACCUCAGCUUGAAGAAUGUAUAUCUCGACCAGGUGACUUUCAGCUCAUUACCGACUAAUUUGGUAAAAUUAGUAGCAUCAAGGUGUUGCAUAAGAAUGAGUGAGUCCCAUCUAAAACUAAAAGCUCUCAAAGUUUUGGCUCUAGAAUGCACACUAGAACCUUUCAAUUGCUCCUCGCUAGUCAGAAGUCUCUGGAAUGAACAUUUAGAACAUUUUUCUUGUAUCGGUCAAGGAGUAACAGAUGAGGAUGAAAUCUUCUCCAAGCUUGGCUCCAAAAUGAAAAGUCUUAAAUUGGUUGGUUCCAUUUCUGCUAGGGUUCCCACGCAGCUAUGCUCAUUAUACUCCAUAAAUGGUGAAAACCUUGAAACCUUGACUGCUUUUAGCCAUAUGAGAUCUCUUAUAUUGUGGGAGCCAUCAGGUAACAUCAACAGUUGUAAAUUACCGCUCAAUUUGCUCGAACUUAUAUUGUAUCUGCCAGGUGAGAUCGACAGCUUAGAAUUUCCUCUGAAUUUGCUCAAACUUUCCAUCACAUCUGCUAAGUUUAAAGACUUGACCAAAGUUGAAUUUCCACCAAAAUUGAUUGACCUCGAAGUGGAGCUGUGUGAUAUUACUCUGACUACCGGCUGGCUAAAACCAGCACAAUUGAAAAACCUUUCACUUGCGAGAAAUAAGCUUUCAUCAUUCAAUGCUUUUCUUCCUUGCUGUGAACACUUGUGCUUAAAAUACAAUAAAAUAAAGGAAGUUCGAAUUGAAGCUCCUUUUCUUCAGCAUCUCGACUUGAACAAAAAUAAGUUGACUUCAAUUCCAAAACUUCCAGCUUGUGUCAAGGUACUUAUGCUCAGUGAAAACAAGCUAGAUAUCUCCCAGAUGUCUGAAUUGCCUUCGAAUGUCAAGCUUUUAGACCUUUGCAGAGCUGGGACUGGAGCUCUUCAAAACUACACAUUCCCAUCAUCAAUUCAAGAACUAAACCUUAGCGAAUUAAACUUGUCAGGUAUGAAUGGAGUCAGGUUUUCCAAAGGAUCAAGAUUGAAAGAAUUGAAUAUGAGCAAUUGUCGUCUAACUAAAAUCGACGACAAAAUUAUUGAGUUACCCUUCGGCUUGAAAUCACUAACCUUGCUCCUAAAUAAUUUGCACAACAUCGAUGAUCUCACCAUUCCGCCAACAGUAACUUUCUAG